GGCUUUGAAGAGGAGCUGGCGCCAGUAGUUUUGUGUGCUGUGCUGUAAUUGCUGCUGCUGGGAGCUGAGUGGAGAGCUUGGGUGAGCUGUGAAACGACGACAUGGAUGCAGUGAUCUAUAAUGAUGUGCAUGUUGACUUCACUUGGGAAGAGUGGACUUUGCUGGAUCCUUCCCAGAAGAAUCUCUACAAAGAUGUGAUGCUAGAGACCUAUAGGAACCUCACUACUAUAGGAUAUAAUUGGGAAGACCAUAAUAUUGAAGAACAUUGUCAUAAUAUUGAAGAACAUUGUCAAAGUUCUAGAAGACAUGAAAGGCAUGAAAGAAGUAAAACUGAAGAGAAACCUUCUGCAUAUACUCAAUGUGUUAAAGCCUUUGCAUAUGACACUCAUCUUCAAUGGAAAGAAAGAACACAUACUGGAGAGAAACCUUAUGAAUGUAAUCAGUGUGGUAAAGCCUUUGCAAGUCACAGUUAUUUCCAAAUACAUAAAAGAAUACAUACUGGAGAGAAACCCUAUGAAUGUGAUCAGUGUGAUAAAGCAUUUGCACGUCACAAUAAUCUUCUAAUGCAUAAAAGAACACAUACUGGAGACAAACCCUAUGAAUGUGACCAGUGUGGUAAAGCCUUUGCACGUCACAAUAAUCUUCUAAUGCAUAAAAGAACACAUACUGGAGACAAACCCUAUGAAUGUAAUCAGUGUGGUAAAGCAUUUGCAUUUCACACUUCUCUUCAACGACAUGAAAGAACACAUACUGGAGAGAAACCCUAUGAAUGUAAUCAAUGUGGUAAAGCCUUUGCACAACCCAGUAAUCUUCAAAUGCAUAAAAGAACACAUACUGGAGAGAAACCCUAUCAAUGUAAUCAAUGUGGUAAAGCCUUUUCACAUCUUGGUCAUCUUCAAAGGCAUGGAAGAACACAUACUGGAGAGAAACCCUAUGAGUGUAAUCAGUGUGGUAAAGCCUUUGCACAUCUCAAUACUCUUCAAAUGCAUAAAAGUGCACAUGCUGGAGAGAAACCCUAUGAAUGUAAUCAGUGUGGUAAAGCCUUUGCACAGCACAGUCAACUUCUAAUGCAUCAAAGAACACACACUGGAGAGAAACCCUAUGAAUGUAAUCAUUGUGGUAAAGCCUAUGCACAUCUUAGUACUCUUCAAAUGCAUCAAAGAUCACAUACUGGAGAGAAACCCUAUGAAUGUAAUCAGUGUGGUAAAGCUUUUGCAAGUCACAGUUAUUUCCGAAUACACAUAAGAACACAUACUGGAGAGAAACCCUAUGAAUGUUAUCAAUGUGGUAAAGCCUUUGCAUUUCACAAAAGUCUUCAACGGCAUGAAAGAACACAUACUGGAGAGAAACCCUAUGAAUGCAAUCAAUGUGGUAAAGCCUUUGCAGAUCUCAGUACUCUUCAAAGGCAUGAAAGAACACAUAGUGGAGAGAAACCCUAUGAAUGUAAUCAGUGUGGUAAGGCCUUUGCACGUUGCAGUCAUCUUCAAAUGCAUCAAAGAACACAUACUGGAGAGAAACCCUAUGAAUGUAAUCAGUGUGGUAAAGCCUUUGCACAGCAUAGUCAUCUUCAAAUGCAUCAAAGGACACAUAAUGGAGAGAAACCCUAUGAAUGUAAUCAGUGUGGUAAAGCCUUUGCAUGUCUCAGUAGUAUUCAAAGUCAUGUGAAAAAAUUACACUGCAAAGAAACCAUUUAAAUAUAGUCAGUGUGAUAAAGGUUUGCACUUUAUAUAAGAGUAAUAAUUUUUGUGUGCAAUCAAUCUGUUAAAGCCUUUGCAUAUUGCAAUAGUCUUUGAGUACCUGAAAAAACUAUUACUGAAAAUCUUCUUACUAUAAAGUAUUUGGUAAGAUCUUUAGUCAACACACAUUCAGUUACACAAGUGUAUUUAUUCUGGAGAAGAAAUUUUUACAGUGUCAACAACCUGUUCACGUAUUAUGAUGUCUGUCUAUUUUGUUUGCACCUUCAAACUCUUGGGGAAAAAAGCCCUAUGAAUUUAAAUGAGAAGAUAAACCUUAGAGAAAUUCAUAUUUACCUUCAAUUACAUGAAACAGCUAGUUCAAGUGUAAAACUUUAUGGAUGUGUAUUAGUGCCUUUUCUGUGUUGUGAUAUAAUGUCUAUGUCAACUUAUAAAAGAGUUUAAUUUGGCCCUUUGUUUCAGAGGGAUAUAGGAUCACCAUGAAAGUGGUAUGGUAACAGGUGUCAGACAUGGCAGCUAAAGCAGGAGUCUAGGAUUUCACAUCCUUAACCUGCAACAUGAAGCAGAGAGUGAGAACUGGAAAUGGUGUGUGGAUGCAAAUUCUCAAAGCCUACCCCAAAUGAUAUAUUUUCUCCAGCAGGGCAUCAUUUCCUAAAUCUUUCCAAAUGAUACCAACAACUGAAAAGGAUUGAUUUCUCUGACUUCAAUCUUACAUGUUUGCUUUCUGUUACAUGAACCAGUUCAUGAUGAAGAAAAACUCUAUAAGUAAUCCUUUAUAUGCCUCAGCACCUGUGUUACAGGGUUGAAUGCUUACAAGAGAAAAACUGUCAGAGUAAAAAUUUGUUUUUUCUAAGAUUAGUUUUAAUUAUAGUUAUGUGAUGUCAGUGUUUGUGUGGGUAUGUGUGCUACAGAAUGCAGAAAUAUGAAGUAGGAAUUCAGCUGACUAUGGCAAAGCUAUUAGCUGGAAGAGUCAAGGAUUUUUCCAGAGAAAGCCAAGACUCAAGGAGUAUUGGUAUUAUUUGGUUUUUUAAUAUAUCAGCUGUUUUCUGCUAUGAAUUUCAAUGUGCACUAUUAUAGAGUUCCCAAUUGAUUCUUUUUUCUAAGAACUUCUAAACAGUGUGGAUUGAUCAUUCUUUGGGCAUAUACAAUUAAGAUAUUUGGAUGACAGUCACACAGGCAAGGCUUCCUUCUUCUAGGCUUUUUGUUUCUCUUUUUUAGCAUUUAGAAUCAAAUAUCUCCUCUAGCUAUCAUCCAAGGCCAGGGCCAGCUCUGGACAAAAGCAUUUUAUCUGACAUACCUCUCAAACAGCCAAGGACAAAUGACAGACAGAAUAAGCAUUCCAGACCACCUGCUAGUCUCCUGAAUUAAGGUAAAUAUCCCUAUGGAGACACCACCUAGGCCAGGUGGAUGUUAGGUACAUAGCUUUGUUUCUUGUGCAAAUUAAGCUCAGACCCUCCUUUCUUACACAGCCUUAGUGGUAUCUCUAGACUUCCCUUUUGAUAUUUAAUUUAGAACAAAAGGGCUUUUUGCAUACCAGGUACAUC